CUUUAACUGAAGCUGUCGACGUCUGUUAGAUUAUUGGCGGAUAUAUUUAUUUACUUUUCCCAGUCAAAAUGGCUUGUAAGAGAAUAUUUCGGCCUAAAGUGAAAACAGGAAACUGGAAUGAAGACCUGGUCCUAGAGGAGGAAACAAUGAAACACUAUUUUGAAAAGAAGGAGAAGGGAGAACUUCUUGUCCAGAAAGUGGACUUCCUCAAACGAAACAUUUUGGAGCCGGUGAAUCUCUCUGUGCCAAACGAUGGACAGCUGCGUUUUGGGGAUGUAGUGAUGUUGGUGAAUGUGGGAGGAGAAAACAGGCAGCUCAGCGCUGUCGGCAUCAACGUCGAUGUCAACAGUCUCACGAAGACACCAUCGCCGGGCAUUCAGACACCAUGUGGGGUCAGCGCAGCAAGAGGUAUUCAGCCCUGCAUUCGCACUGCUUUUAUCAUCACCAGUGUUGAUGGCAGCCCUGAAGGAUCCAAUCUGCAUUUUGACCAAAGUUUUGCUCUGAGAACAACAGAUGGCUUUGCCAGAGGGCUUUACUUAACCAGUGAUCUACAAAGUUUCCAAAAGUGUGCAAAGAAGUCUGGGCUCCAAGAAGUGUAUCUGGAUAACAGCACAUGCUUCUUGUCAUGGUGGAGGAUAGUGCACUUUGACCCCCAGGAAAGACUUGAAUAUGAGGGUCAGCCAGUUCCCGCUAACGAGAAGGUGCUGAUCAUGCACUGCAAGACAAACCAAGCCCUUGCUGUUCUGGGUGAUCAGCUUCUUUGGACUGCUUACGGCAAAGAAUAUGAAGUCACAGCUCACACAUUCCUUGACUCCCAUAAAGCUGAACAAGAUGUCAAUCACUGGAUCCUGUGCACCUCUGAUCCUGCUGGGGACGGACUUGUUUUACUGAGACGCUUGCAGCCAGCAGCUAGCGACCAGCAGCUCACCUAGGCAUAUCCAGGCUUUUAAACCUACUGCAUCCAAUUUAUUUUAACACCAUUAACAAUUCCUGAAAUUCUCACAAAUAAAAACCAUCUUUUCUAACUGGA